AUGGAGCCUUUACUCUUUACUCUUUUACAUAUGGUAACGGCCAUAAUAAAUUUUUCCAGAGGUAAUGGGACUACCUGUUCGUUGCGAGGAGACCCUACAUAUCCACAGAUUUGGAAGGAUGGUAAUAUCAUUGUUGGAGCAGCUUUCCCUUUUCAUAGUAAUUGGGAAACCUCGGACAUGUCUUAUUUGGUCAUGCCACAACAAAUGAAGUGUGGGAGUCUUGAUUUCAGAGCCUUUCAGUAUUCACAAUCCUUGAUCUUUGCCAUUGAAGAGAUCAACAACAGUUCCUCUUUAUUACCUGGGAUAUCACUGGGUUACAAGAUCUAUGACACUUGCAGUUCAGCAGCAUUGGGGGUGAAAGUAGCUAUGGCUCUCAUUAAUGGGAAUGAAAACUCAGUCUUGGAUGAGAUGUGCACAAACCCAGCACAGGUGCAAGCCAUAAUAGGAGAGACCUACUCUUCAGUGUCCAUGGCUAUUGCAAAGAGCAUUGGACCUUUCAGCAUUCCCUUAAUCAGUCAUUACUCUACCUGUGAGUGUCUCAGUGACAAAGGGAAAUAUCCCUCAUUUCUACGCACUAUACCCAGUGAUUAUUACCAGACAAGAGCACUUGCAGAGAUGGUCAAACACUUUGGCUGGACCUGGGUGGGAGCAAUAAGAAGAGACGAUGAUUAUGGAAACAGUGGGAUGGCUGCAUUUACUGAAGCUGCAGAGCAGUUGGGUAUCUGCUUAGAAUAUUCCCUUCCGUAUUUUAGAACGUACUCGGAUGAAAAGGUGCUGAAAAUUAUUCAGCAAAUCAAAAGCUCCACAUCUCGAGUGAUUGUUGCAUUUCUUGCUCACUGGGACUUAGAAAUCUUGCUCCAAGUCUUUUUUAAACAUAACAUCACUGGAUACCAGUGGGUUGGAACUGAAGGCUGGAUUUCUGAUUCAGAACUUGCUGCAAAAGAUGAACACCAUAUACUGAAGGGAGCCAUAGGACUAGCUAUACCUAAAACGACAGUGACGGGUCUAAAGGACUUUAUUCUAGAUAUUAAACCACUAAAAUCUGUGGGCAGGGACAUUUUUACUAAAUUCUGGGAAGCAUUAUUUAAGUGUAAAUAUGCAAUGCAAAAUGCUACAAUGGACUAUCCGUUGUGUACGGGUGAUGAGAAACUCUCAGAGAUGGAAAACAUCUUCACCGACAUGUCCCUGAUGCCUAUUUUCAGUAAUGUGUAUAAAGCAGUAUAUGCCAUUGCCCAUACACUACAUGAACUUCUAGGCUGCAAAGAAACAUGUCCUACAAAGAAGCAGCCCGAUCCUUUCACAUUUCUAGAAAAUCUAAAGAAAAUACAUUUUAAAACCAAAGAGGGCGAAGAAGUGUUUUUUGACAAAAAUGGUGACCCUGCAGCAAAGUAUGAUAUAAUAAACUGGCAUGGGAAUGUACAACAUGAAUUUGUUACUGUUGGACUUUAUGACUCAUCCAUAAUGGGUCAUGAUCGAUUAGCAGUAAAUAUGGAUUUAAUUGAAUGGGCACAUAAUAUCAAGCAGGUGCCGAUUUCGGUGUGUAGUGAGAGUUGUCCUCCUGGCAAAAGGAAAGCUGUACAGAAAGGAAAACCCAUCUGCUGCUUUGACUGCAUACCAUGUGCUGAAGGAGAGAUCAGUAAUAUGACAGAUUCCAUUGAAUGUCAUCAAUGCUAUCAGGAAUACUGGUCAAAUCAUCAGAGAGAUCAGUGUAUAAAGAAGGAAGUUGAAUAUUUGUCUUACAAAGAAACCAUGGGAAUUCUGCUAACAGCUGUUUCUAUUAUUGGUGCAUUUUUGACGAUGCCCUCUGAUUGGUCCUGUAUGCUGCAACACACAGCCUUUGGGAUCACCUUCGUCCUCUGCAUCUCCUGUGUUCUGGGAAAAACGUUAGUGGUGUUAAUGGCCUUCAGGGCUACACUUCCAGGAAGUAAUAUCAUGAAAUGGUUUGGGCCUCCACAGCAGAGACUCAGUGUUAUAACAUUCACUCUCAUACAAGUCAUAAUUUGUGUGGUUUGGUUGACAAUAUCUCCUCCUUUCCCAUUUAAAAACCUAAAGAGCUACAAGGAAAAGAUUAUUUUAGAAUGUAAUUUGGGCUCAACUGUAGGUUUCUGGGCUGUUCUGGGUUAUAUAGGGUUUUUGGCUGUUCUCUGUUUUAUCUUGGCUUUUCUGGCCCGGAAGUUGCCUGACAAUUUCAAUGAAGCCAAAUUCAUCACAUUCAGCAUGCUGAUAUUCUGUGCAGUUUGGAUCACAUUUAUUCCUGCUUAUGUCAGCUCUCCUGGAAAAUUCACUGUAGCUGUAGAGAUAUUUGCUAUUUUAGCAUCAAGCUUCGGCUUAUUAUUCUGUAUAUUUCUUCCAAAGUGUUACAUAAUAAUACUGAAACCUGAGAAGAAUACUAAAAAGCAACUGAUGGGCAAAGUGUAA